AAAUGCAAAAAUGAAAAUGGACCAAUCAAAUCUCAAUUCUCACAUCAGUGUUGUCCGGGAUUUUCAAAAUAUUUAUGACGGCGAAUUCAGUACAACUAAAAUUCGAUAAGAAGAUGGAAGGAGAGACAGAGAACAAAGAUAAUGACCUUGAGAAGAGCAUUGAGGAUAUCCGAUCUAAGAUGAUAGAGAAGAGACGCAAGAAGAUCCGGGCCGACCUCAGUCAGUCAAGGUCACGUAACAAGAAUGCAAACCUUGCCCUGAAGACCAGUCUACGGCUCAACAACAGGACCUUGGCUAAAUCCCUCUCUGUAGCUCGCAAGGAAUACCACCUUGCGGAGAGUGAACUCGUAGAGCUACAGAGAGAACGUCUAAACCUUCGGCUGGACAUCAGUCGGUUAAAAGCCGAACACGACAAACAGAGAACUCAAAUAAAGGGAGUACACGAGAAGUUGCGGAAGGUGACCAGUAAUCUGAUGGAGACCGUAGGGCUCCUUGGGGAGGCGAUGGACAUGUGCACAGAUUCCCUGACCAAGGAGCACUCCAGGAGCCUCGGAGAGGUAUCCAGGGCCUCCUCCUCCUUCUCCCGCUCCUCCACCUCAGGCUCUGCAUCAAACGAUACCUCAGUACCUCACACAUCACCGUCGAAGAAAGACAGCUCUCCAUCGGGUGAUACCUCGAUACCCCACAGGAUACCGUCCAAGAAAGACAAGCCUGCAUCAAGUGAUACCUCCUUACCUCGCAGAAUACCGACCAAGAAAGUAUUCAAAUCAUCGGUGCACAUCAACCCAGAAGAAGAAGAUAUCAAUUCAUCAACAAACCUGAAGCCUGAGAUGGGGAUUGAUGAUGAAAUAGACCUUGAUAUUCCUCUCCGUUUUAUGUCUCCACAAGGAAAAGGGAGAAACCAAAGACACUCAAAGAACUUUAAUCAGUCACUCUCCAGGAGAACAUCCUCCAUGUUGGAUCCUGCUGUUAUGGCUGCCGUGGCAACAGAAAGACUACAAAGAUCAGCUACAAACAUCCAGAAUCUGUUAGAAGAGACGGCUGAUGUAAGCUUGACUUCUGCCGAGGAACAACCAAUGGUCUGUAGGGAUAGCAUUGAAGGUCAAAGUAAGGUGGAUGUAGGUCAGGGUAUUGAAGGGAAUAAUGACAAAAGGGAUGGUGCAAACAUCCAGGAUAUAUCGGAAGAAAAGGGUGAUAUCAGCACGACCAUUGCCGAGGAACAAGCAACGGUCCGUAGGGAUAGCAUUGAAAGUCAAAUGGAGGUGGAUGUAGAACAAUGUAAAAAAGGGAAUAAUGAAAAAAAGGAUGGUUCGUGUACAAUCACAAAUCAAAGUGAUGAUGGAAAAGUGGGAGAGAGGAGGAGUGGAAGACUGACCAAGAAGAGGGUUACCUACAUCUACCCUGAUGAUGAUGAAGAUGAUGAAUUCCAAGAAAUAGAUGAGGAUGUAGUACUGGUCCAGAAGGAGGAUGUCAAACAGAGUUCGAGUAAAAGACGAUCGAAAAACACAAAUGGGAGAUUGUCUCGAAGGAGGGAUCCUAUUGUGAUAGACGGUGAUGGUGCAACGGAUUGCGGGAUUGAGAGAGACUUAGAAGAGCUAGCUCUCCUUCUUAGUGACAAUGAGGAAGAGGCUAAGGUAAGCACCAAACCUAGCACGCUCAAUCAAGAAGUUGGUAAAACAAAAGAGGAUGAGCUUGAAUCGCAUCAUAAGAGUCGUAGGAAGAUAGCUAGCAAGAUCCCAAAACGGUCAAGUGACAAGAUUGAGGAGAAGAAAAAAAAGAAGAAGUACCCUCACAAGCCCAAGUGUAAAAUUGGGACAAAGAAGGAUUGUAAUCGACAGGAGGACGAGAAGGACGUCCAACAGAUGACAGUCUUUGAUCUUUCUAUGGGAGAUAGUUUUUCACACCAAACUCCAUCAUGUAAAGUCACCAUACCCAUGACAACAACCAGGACUAAUACCGAUGAGGCUGUAGAGAAAGACAAAAUGGUCCAGGAAGUUACAACCAGUGUAGGUUUAGAGGAAGAUUCAAGAAAGAAUGUCCCGAAAUGGUCCUGCAAUGAUCCAGAUUCAGAAGACUUCGCCGACCAGGAAUUUCAUAGUCGUGUUAAAAAUAAAGAAAAUUCCGGAGAAGGAAAGCACAGCAAGAUUAAGAGAAAAUCGCGCAAAUCCAAGUCGGUUGUUACUCCAGGGGCAGCAGAACCGAAGGUCAGGCUUUCGAAGAAGGCUCUCCUUGAAGAAAUCAGCAACCUUGAUGCAUCCUACUUCAUCGAUGUCACUCAUCCUGAACAGAUAAACAAGGUAGCGGCUUCCUUACCAUCUCAGAAGAGCAGCUUGAAGGAUGAAGGCGAAAGCUUGAAUGACCUUAUGAUGAAACCACAUCACAAGAAAUCCUCCAAAAGGAAACUAUCAACGAGAAAUUUCUAUUUUGGAGAUAAUGACUGCGCAGAAGAGAAAAGAAAAUCAAGAUUAGAUAGGUCUGAUUUAGAAGCAGGUGAGCUCAGUACCCUCAAUAUAAGUUCACUCUGUUUAGGUAAUACAAAUCCAGAUGCGACCUUCACACUUCCAAAAACAUCCGCUGAUUCCUCAGAAACGCACACUUCAGAGCAGUCAGCUGAAAAUCCAGAUAGCACGUUCACACUUCCUAAAACCUCUUCUGAUUCUUCAGAAACACGCACUUCAGAACAGUUGUCUGAAAAUCCAGAUAGCACCUUCAUACUUCCUAAAACAUCCGCUGAUUUCUCAGAAGCUCACACUUCAGAACAGUGGGCUGAAAAUCCAGAUAGCACCUUUACACUUCCUAAAACAUCCACUGAUUGCUCAGAAACGCACACUUCAGAACAGUCUGCUGCACCUUCUAUCAGAACCCGUUCAUCUAUCGGAGGGUCUGGAAGUGGAGAGGAGGGCUUACAGAAUGUGGGUAACUCCUCAAGCAUGGAACAGGUUGAGAAAAUCAACGAGCCAGAAGUUAUCACAGACAACAAAGGGACCGAACUGAGGAAAGUGCAUUUUGAGUGUUCCGACCAUCUGGGGAGCAUCGGUUCAAGCUUGACUUCAAAACAUUCAACAGAGCCAGUACAACUUUGUAAGAUGGAGUCUAGGAAUGUCAAUGAAGCACGGAACAGCCAUUUUCAUGAAUCAGAGAAAAGAGGAGAGGAGAGAACGAAUGCUCCAUCACAGAAAACCAUCAAGAGGAAACGUAAUUCAGAUGUUGAUGAGGAUCCCAUCAAGAUUUCCAAGACUGAAGUUGAAUCCGCUCUACCUGAAAGAACGGGAAGGAGAUCAAAGGCAGUUAGCUAUAAGGAACCAUCUCUCUCCAGCAAACUACGUCAGGGGGAUCAAUUCACUUCAACUGUUUACAAGCAAACAAAGAAAUCACGAAAGAAGAAUGAACAGAGAACCGCUCUUGGUGACAUCACUAACUAAAAAGGAGUACCCAUGGGUUGUUUCACAAAGAUUUAAGUGUGGCUUAAGAGGGUGUUGCAAGAAAAUAUUUGCAAUCAAUUGCAAAUAUUCUGUUGCAAUUUUACAAUUCACAAAUCAAUUUUAACUGUAGCAAAUCAGAUCACACUCCUUGUUUCAAGAAGCAGAUUAGUAAUCGCUCACAAAUUUACAAUUACUGCAAGAUAUGAUUGAUUUAGAGACCAAGGGUGGUAUUCUGAAAAUUGUCUUAACUAUUCUUGUAACUCAGCAAGAUAACAGCUCGCUAAAAUUGUCUCAAAUCGGUAUUCUGAAAAUUGUCUUAUCUCUGUACGGACGUCCCCUAUUUUAUCUCUGACACGCCCAAUAGUUUAUCAUCAACCAAUCAAUAAAUUCUUUAUAUGCUUAGGUCAACCAAUAGAAGCGUCUCUUCUGAAAAAAAUAUUGAGCGCAAUUUUUAUAUAAGGCGUAAUUUCCUUGCGUCCCUGACGCUUAUGCUUGUGUGCUUCUGUGCUAAAAAUACUCGUGACUGUUCUUAAAGACAUAUGUUUUCUCUGAAAAGAUUCCUCAUCUCGAAUACAAAUUUUUAAUUGCUGAAAGGUCUACCAAUCCCUCGUUGUAAUGUCUCUUUUUGUAAAACAUGAUUUUCUCGCAGGAUGCAGCAAGAAAUUAUUAUUGCAGACGGACAAAUAUCGCAUGCAACAUUAAGUUACAAUAGCCCCCUACCUCUUGUAAAUUUUCUUGUAUCUUCCAAGAAACUUAAAAGAACACAAAGAUAAGAGAAUUUUCAGAAUACCUUUUUCAUCAUAUCGAUGUGUUAUCUUGCGCGCAGAGAUAUUUAUGCGCCGUUUUUAACUUACGCAUAAUUCUAGCUCUGACAUCAUACAUGCUCAGCGAAAGUUACAAGAAAAGAUACAAGAGUUUUCAGAAUACGGAUUUUAUUGUAACUCUAAAGAUACAAGAAUAUUUAUCUUUAGACAAUUUUCAGAAUACGGCCCCCAAAAUAGACUUGCAAUUAAUUGCAAAUUUCUUGCAACGCUCCAUGAGAGUUGCACUUAAAUUUCUGUUGCGUCUGGAAUAGAACGCAUCACCGCAUUGGUCAAAUCAUAUGCAUGGGACGCGCACUACUGCAUAUUAAUCAGAUUACACGCUCACUUGUUUGUGUUUAAGCACAAGUCGUACUUAACUCUUUGUGACCCAACCCCCCCUCCCCCCGGAAAUGGUCGCUGGCGUGGCCGUCAUUGUCAUGUCUUGAAAGAGUUGCCAUGCACUUUGUUUUCAAAUAUCAAAAGUUGUAACGUUGUACUUUUGAUAAUUGAAUAUCAGUAAUCACCCUCUGGUGAACUGUCGAUUAGUUAUAAUUUUUAUUUGGUGGUAAACUGAUCAAAUCCAUCGAUUCUUCGAGUUUUACUCCCAGGCCUGAUAAAGUCAAUAUUGGUGGUUUGUUUAUUGCAGUUUGAUAUCAGGGUGCUCCACUUGUUUAUUGAAAUAUGCAAAUGGGAUGCAUAUAUUUCUAUUUCUUUUUCAAAUUAGGUAGUAUUAAUGCCAAUUUUUUUUACACAAUUCUUGGACAGCAUUUAAAACAUUCUAGAUACAGGAAAGGUCAAAGGUGAAUUAUUUUUUAUGUAUUAAAUGUAGCUUUUUUUUGUAUGUGACUGAAUGUGUUCUAAAAUUAAUUUUGACAAAUGUUGAAAGAGAAAUUAUGUCCAUGGCUUAAUAUAUGAAAUUAGCAAUGAUUUGUAGCAAUUUAUUGAAAUUAGAAGUUCCCAUUUGUUGCACAUAUGAAUGUUGCCUUUUGAAUUGAACGAACAUAAUAGAAAAUGCUGUAAUUAUGCAACUAUGGGAGGGAUUCAUUAAAGGAGUUGUUGGAUUGUUUCAUCUGUCAGUUACCAUAGUAACAGAAAGACAACUGUGCUCAGGCAAUCACUGUGCUCAGCCAAUCAAUGUCACAGGAAGAUGUCAGGUGACAAAUUAAAAAACCUCUCCUGAUCCUGUUCUUACACAAAAGUUGAGCAAAAUUUGAUAGAAUUAAAAUCCAAAGGCUCGCAUUUAUAAAUUUCAUGCUAGAUUAUUGUUCGUCUCGUAUUGAUCUUUUCAAUUAGUGAGUUUAAAACUUUAAUGUAUGGAGCAUUUUCCUCAAUUAGGUUUAUAAGACAUCCGUCAUUGUAGGUAUCACUUGAUACAACUUACAUUUUAUUAGCAAACUUUUCUAGCUAUUGCACUCAAACUUGUACUUGACAUCAUACAUAAGCCCACAUAAAUUUUAAAUCUACAUGUUUUACUCAUUGUGGAGAUUGGGGACAACUUUCUACAUUUGUUUCUUCCCCUAUUCAACUUGAGAAUGGAAAGAGAUAGGCCCACAUGUAUAUGUAUCAGUCAUUUUUGUAAACCUAUACUUUAUAUGCUAAAAAAACCCACUGAGACCAAUCUUUCUUGAGUAUACAUCUUGAUUGAUUGUAUUGUACCCCUAAACCUUACCUGCAAAGUAAACAUUAAAUUAUGUAAAUUUAUGUAGACAUGUUACAGCCGCUAUAUAGAUAAGUCAAGUAAUGCUGCAUUAGUGGAUAUUAAGGACAUUCUAAUAAAUUUAGUGAUCGACGCUAUACAAAAAGUUUUAUUUCUAAAAGUGGGACUAAUCGCCUAAUUCAAAGCUAAUUUUCAGACUAGAAUAUGGGAAGUAUGUAUUAUUUAAAGGCUUUUAGUGGAAUAUAUGCUCCCAGGAGAUACAUCUUAAGCAGAUCCACCUUUGUAAUUGAUAGUAUCAUUAUAAUUAUUGUUUGUCGUUAUUUCUUCACUUCUUAUUUCGUCACUUUUCACAGUCAGCAAGACUACAUGUAUAUUGUUGUGUAAAUCAUACUGUAAAUAACACGAUAUGUACAGAAUAUUGGCUUUAAAACUAAAAGGAUAUUGUAAUAAUUAUAACUGUAACAUAUAUUGAAAUAAAUUGUUUGGAAAGUCA